AUGGCCGCCAGCAAAGUUGUCAUUCUGACCGGAGCAUCGCGAGGCAUUGGUCUCGCGAUUGCACACUAUCUGCUGAAACAAUCAUGUCGCGUCGUGACAGUUGCCAGAAGCCGCGAGCCUAUGGACAAGCUGAGCCAACAAUACCCUGGACAAGUCGAGGUCCUCGCUGGUGAUCUGUCGGAUCUUUCGCUCGGACAAAAGGCAGCAGACCUGGCAAAGUCCAAGUGGCAGCGCCUGGACAGUAUCAUUGUCAACCACGGCAUUCUUGAACCUGUCAAGCGCGUCGCCAAUGUGGAAGCAGAAGAAUGGCGACAAUUGUUCGAUGUCAACGUCUUCUCAGCCAUCGCUUUGGUCAAGGCAUCUCUGCCAGCACUCCGUGAAUCGAAGGGCAGUAUCAUCCUUUGCUCUUCUGGUGCAGCCACUGGCAACUACGCCACUUGGGGAGCGUAUGGUGCAUCAAAGGCUGUGUUGAACCACCUUGCCCAGACUCUUGCAGUCGAGGAACCCGAUGUGACCACCUUGUCAAUUAGGCCAGGGGUAGUAGACACGGACAUGCAAGUAUCUAUCCGCGACGUCCACCACACCAACAUGGAUGCAAAGGAUGCAGCCAAGUUCAAGGAGUUGAAGCAGACUGGAGGCUUGCUUAAGCCCGAGCAGCCUGGUCAUGUCAUGGCCAAACUGGCACUCGAUGCGCCCAAGGAGUUGAACGGCAAGUUUUUGAGUUGGAACGACGAGAAGCUCGCGGCUUUCCAGGAGUAG